AUGUUAUCCACAUGUUCGAGAAGCACGUCUUGGCUUGGUUGCCACUGUGUGGAUCGUCAAAGGGGUGGGUGUAGAUCUACCUACCUACCUACCUACCUGCCUGCCUGCCUGCCUACCUACCUACCUACCUACCUACCUACCUACCUACCUGUGUUGCUGAGUCAUGUUACCGGAGGGCGAAGACUGACAUUGUCGAUGCUGCUUUGGGGGGCUUGGGGCGAGGUGGUUUGUCCCGCCCUGCUCUUUGCACUGGUGUGCCUUGCCGACCUGGUUGCUGUGGUGGCACCCCUCGAUUCCGCCAUGAGUGCUGCAGUCAGUGGCGACGCCUCUGCCUCGCACUUGACACCAGAGGACAGUGGUUUUGCAGCGGCAAGUCGUGUUGGCCACAAAAGCCGUGGCCGCUCUGCUAGCGCUGCAUUCCUGGUCGUGUCCAUUCAGGCCGUGCUGCGAGCUUCCCUGUUGGUGACCUUCCGACUGGCGCAGCGUCGACGCAAUACGCGGGUCUUGCCUUGA